AUCACUUCGCCCUCCUCAAACACAGGCUCGUCGUCUUGCUCGAUCGAAUUCACAAUUUAGGGUUGAGGAAUUGGGAGCUCAGCGGAUCAAACAUUGUGGAUCGUUGGCCACGGCAGUGGAGGAUUAUUUAGGGUUUGGUGAAAAUGGUGCGGAAGAAGGAUGAUGCGGGGAGCAUGGCGGGCGGUGGGAAGUCGAAAGCGGGAGGAGGAGGAGGAGGAAAUGUGAAGAAGGAGCGUGUUUCGGUGUCUGCGUUUUUGAACAGUUUGGACAAGGCGAAGGAGGACAAGCCGGCGAAGUCGAAGAUGGCUGGAGGUGCAAAAGGUGCGAAGAAAGCACCCGCCCCGGCGACGAGCGCCUAUGGGGAUAUAGAUUUGCCUCCUGAGGACGAGGACGAUAUGGGGAUGGACAGCGAUGAGGAGGCAGCGUUGGCUUUGAAGCGAGGGGAGCGGAAGGGGCUCGAUUUGACCGUGACGGAUAAGACUGCGAAGAAGAAAGAGAAGAAGGAGACGAUGGCUGCCGCGGCCGCGGAAAUGGCGAAACAGGAGGCGAUGAAGGAUGAUAAGAAUGCUUUCUCUGUGACUAUUGGGGCGAAGGCAGCGGCCUUGGAGGGUGAGGAGAAUGCAGCGGAGGCCAGUAUGAAGGAUAUUAAAGUUGAGAAUUUCUCUGUGUCUGCGCGUGGUAAGGAAUUGCUGAAGAAUACAACGAUCACUAUCGUGCAUGGGCGGCGGUAUGGUUUAGUCGGGCCCAAUGGUACCGGGAAGUCCACGCUUCUUAAGCUUUUGGCUUGGCGUCAAAUUCCCGUUCCAAAGAACAUAGAUGUGUUGUUAGUGGAGCAGGAGGUUGUCGGAGACGAGAAAACAGCUCUCGAAUCGGUGGUAUCUGCGGAUGAGGAGUUGAUGCGUGCGCGAGAAGAGGCUGCAGAGUUGCAGAAACGGAGUGAGGCGAGUAAUGGAGGUGAUGAUGGCGAGGAAGCCGAUGACAUUGGAGAGCAGCUGACGGCUCUCUAUGAGAAAAUGCAGGCACUUGGGACUGAUGCCGCGGAAUCGAGAGCCUCCAAGAUUUUGGCAGGUCUAGGGUUUUCCAUAGCGAUGCAGGGGAGAGCCACGAAGUCCUUUAGUGGAGGUUGGCGAAUGAGAAUUUCAUUGGCGAGGGCUCUGUUUAUGCAGCCUACGCUGUUGUUGCUUGAUGAGCCCACUAAUCACUUAGAUUUGAGAGCUGUUAUGUGGCUCGAGCAGUAUCUUGAGAGGUGGAAAAAGACAUUGAUUGUUGUAUCCCACGACCGCGACUUCUUGAAUUCUGUUUCUACAGACAUCAUCCAUCUACAUGACCAGAAGCUGCUCACGUACAAGGGCAAUUUUGCAGCUUUUGAGGAGAUGUACGAGCAGAAACGUCGUGAAAAUAAUAAGAAGUUUGAGGUUUUCGAGAAGCAGUUGAAAGCUGCAAAGAGGAGUGGGAGCAAGGCACAGCAAGACAAAGUCAAGGAUCGUGCGAAAUUCAAUGCUGGCAAGGAUGCUAAGUCCAAGGGCAAGUCUAAAGUUGCAGCUGAUGAUGAUGACGCCACUGCUGAGGCUCCGAAGAGAUGGCGUGAUUACAGUGUGGAGUUCCACUUCCCAGAACCCACGGAGCUGACGCCCCCACUCUUACAAUUGAUUGAUGUCGGCUUCAGUUACCCUGGCCGCCCAGAUUUUGCUCUGAAGUCAAUUGAUGUCGGUGUGGAUAUGGGUACGCGAGUGGCAAUUGUUGGGCCUAAUGGUGCUGGAAAAUCGACGCUUUUGAACCUUUUGGCUGGAGAUCUUCAACCUACUGAAGGGGAGUCCAGACAGAGUCAGAAGCUUCGAGUGGGUCGAUACUCCCAACACUUCGUAGAUUCUUUGACGAUGGACGAGACACCAGUUCAGUAUCUCCUUCGACUUCAUCCAGAUCAAGAAGGUCCCAGUAAACAAGAAGCUGUGAGAGCGAAACUUGGAAAGUUUGGGCUACCCAGUCACAACCAUCUUACACCCAUUGUGAAGCUUUCUGGAGGGCAGAAAGCAAGGGUUGUUUUUACUUCUAUAUCUAUGGCUCGGCCGCAUAUUCUGCUACUCGAUGAGCCUACCAAUCAUCUUGACAUGCAAAGUAUUGAUGCACUGGCGGAUGCUUUGGACGAAUUUACUGGAGGAGUUGUGCUUGUUAGUCACGAUUCUCGGUUGAUAUCUCGGGUUUGUUCAGAAGAGGAGAACAGUGAAGUGUGGGUUGUGGAAGAUGGAUCUGUGCGGAAGUAUCCCGACAGCUUCGAUGAAUACAAGAAAGAGCUGACGGAAGAGAUCCGAGCAGAGGUAGACGAGUAGAUACAGUAAAUUAUUUUCAACUUCUUUCUUAUUAUAGGUAAUCCAGUCAUUGUACGUAUUGUUAUGCUGAACCUGCAACUUCGACUUCGACAAGAUUGAUGGAUCCUUUCCUUAAAAGCCAAUACAGAGUCUCCCAGCUCUCUUUGGAUUUGUGAGUGAGAUCUUUGUCUUGUACUCAAUGAAGCCAUUAAAUUGCGGGUUGUUGGAGUUGGCAAACCUUAGGUACAGGUUGUGUAUUGGUUGAAGAGUUUACAGAUACAUUUUGGGAUUGAUGACUCUCUAUUGAGGUUUGGUAGUUGGUUGUUGUUGGUGAUUUGACAUGUAGGGUUUUGUUGAUCUGACAUGACAGUCUCUAAUGUUCGAGAAUCAGGGCUGUUUAAGGCUAGGGUUAGCCCCUGAAACCCUCAUAUAGCUAAAAUUGGCUGACGAACAGGUUGUUCAUUCGACAUCCAUCUAAGUUUUCAUUGUGUUUAUC